AUGCCCCGCCUUGCUCGUUCUGUGCCUCGAGCAUGGACUCGCAUCUCUGAGGGGGUCGGAAAACUGCGAAGUUUAGCUACGUUGGCAGAUGUUUCAAAUGCAAAGGCAAAUGAUCAGCAACAAACUCUAGUGAGAGACGAAUCGCUUACUGUGAGCCAAAAGAUUCUUUCGAAGUCCAGGACAGGUAUUUCACAGGGGAGACCACAUUUUAAAGUUGGAGGUACUGAACUCUUCUUUCCAAAGGCCCGUGUGAUUCUUUUGCGGCCGAAUGCUAAGCACACACCUUACCAGGCCAAAUUUAUUGUGCCAAAAUCGUUCAACAAGCUGGAUUUGAGAGACUAUCUUUUCCACCUGUAUGGCUUACGGGCUAUGAACAUUACUACACAAUUGCUGCAUGGCAAGUACACUCGUGUGAAUCCCGUUAUGCCGCGCUACAGACAGCCUCAAAUAAAAAAAAUGACCAUCGAUAUGGCUGAGCCGUUUAUUUGGCCAGAAGAGCCCGAGGACAAGGAGGCUUGGUCUGGUUCGCUUGUGAAAGAGCUAAACAAGUAUCGUGAGGAAAAACUUCGCAUCGGAUCUGACCAGUUCAAGCCGGGUACCGCUUUCGAAGGUGCGCUGGGUCCUUAUAGGCCUGCACCACAACCUUUCGUGCCACGCCUUUUAGGCAGACGGCUUGAAAACAACAAGAGGCGGUCACAGUCUCGUGUUGACAAGCUAAGCCUGACACUGAAAGUUGACAAAUAUGCGCAAGCGAGCGAGUGA